UCCCGCCCUACUACUUCCCUUUCCGCUGUUAGACGUAAACGUGCCUAAGGUGCUCGGUCCUUCACCCGAAGCUAAGGUCUGCAAUCCGGCGACUAGCACCGUUAAAUUUAGGCAUCCGACGCUACAAAGAUAAAAUCUUAACUCUACAAUGGCCUCCGUGUCCGAGCUCGCUUGUAUUUACUCUGCUCUGAUCCUCCACGACGAUGAAGUCACCGUCACCGAGGACAAGCUCAAUGCUCUCAUCAAGGCUGCUGGUGUGACUGUGGAGCCCUUCUGGCCAAGUCUGUUCGCCAAGGCUCUUACCAGCGUUGACAUCGGCAGCCUGAUCUGCAACGUUGGAGCUGGUGGUGGAGCUCCAGCUGGUGCGCCUGCUGCUGGAGCAGCAGCUGCUACUGGUGACGCCCCAGCCAAGGAGGAGGAGAAGAAAGAGGAGAAGAAGGAAGAGUCUGAGGAGUCCGAUGAUGACAUGGGCUUCGGUCUCUUUGAUUAAAAUGGCUGUUUUUGUAAAAACACAAUAAAACCACAAAAAGACUGCCA